AUGGAUGUGGAUGCAGAGUAUUACGAUGUCUCGGAAUACCCGAACGACGACCAAGGCGUCGCAAGCCCAUCUCCAUCACAAGAGGCAGGAGCGGAGCCCCGCCAGCUCUCCCCCCUGACUAUACAGCUCCGGUCACGUCCAGAAGAGCGUAGCUCGGAUGGAGACUUCUUGCCCAGCGGCGACGAGCAGCUCGACAGCGCCGACAGUGACAGCAGCGACGGGGGGUUCGCGCCACCACCUCUGAAGCGGUCAGCCGACGACACCAACGCCUACAGACCGCUCAAAAGGCAAAAGGGCCCUCCAAAUGUGGAUUACCUGGCCCUCCUCAACGAGGACAUCCGCGAUGCUGCGCAGGGUAUGAGCCUAGGUGACGACGACGGCGGCGGACUGACGGCUUCUCAGCAGCUGGGAAUGGUCGUCUGGUCGGCCGUGGAGAAGAAGGCCUUCUUCGAAGCGCUUGCUCGUCUGGGACGCGACGACGUCGAGGGCAUCGCCACACGUGUGGGCAGCAAGAGUGUUGUCGAGAUCGGUCACUACCUCGACAUGCUGGAGGAGGAGCACGCCGCGCGCCUCAGGACGGACAGUCGUCCCGUGCUCACGCUGGCAGAGUACCCCGCGGCGGUGGAGCUGAGCCAACAAUGCUGCCACGCGCUAGAGGAGGCAGCCGAUGCCAUAUCCCUGAGGCAGGAGAACCGCGAGAAGCAGCGCGAGGAGGGCAUAUGGGGCACCGACGUGUGGGAUCUGACGCCCGACGUGGCCAGGCGGCUGCGCAACGACAGCAGCCUGGCGAGCGGUCUGCCGUCGCUCGGCAUGUUCCACCUGCCCAUGUGGCUGAAGCUGUCGCAGCGCUUCUUCAUGAACUCGUCCGUCCCGGGGAGCAACUGGGCCCACGUCGACAAUGUGCCCCCCUCCAUCUGGGCCACCACCUUUGAGGAUUUCCACUCGCUCGCCGUGUCCGUCACCCGCCGGCUCGUCCAGACGGCCAUAUUCACCGCUGAGACGAGGAUCCGCUCCAAGCGGGAGAUGCGGCCCGAGACGCGCAGCCUGCUGCGGAGGAGGGAUGUCGAAGCCGCCGUCGCGUCGCUGGGUAUGCCCACCAACUCGGAGGACUUUUGGCGGAGGAGCGCCCGUCGUCUCCGCCUAGACGUGUACAGUCAUAUCGACGACGAGACGGGAGAGCCGGUGCUCAUGACGUAUGAUGAGGUGGAGAAUGCACUAUCGGGUACCGGUGAGGAACCGGCAGCAGCAGCAGCAGCAGAGCUGCUGCCAGAGCUCAGGAAAACGUACGAGCAGCAUGGAUCGGAUGUAUCGCUAUCAGAUGUGGACGACCAAGAGAACGAAGGAGAUCAUGGAACCGACGACGACGACGACGAAGAAUACGACGAUGACGAGGAAAAAUAUGCCGUGGACGCUGAGAUGAACGAGGUCCUAAAGUACUCCGUCGCGGACUUCCCCUCGACCGCCAGGCUCAAGGAGGGACUCAGGAGCCGCAUCGUUACGGAGCGCGAGAGAGACAGACUCGCAGAUCACUAUGACCAGUACGCUAGCUACAGGGGCGAACUUGACAUGUGGAAACUCCUCCAGAGGUCGCCUCCGGCUGAGAUUGCCAAGGUGUCGGAGCCAGAACCGCUCAGCAGGUCGAAUAAUGACGUCGAGAACAUGUAUCCACUCGGUAGGGACUGGAGGCGCAACACGCAGUACCGCAGCGAGUGGGAGACACUUUGA